AUGAUUGUAGGUAAUUGCCACUAUGAUAACUCACAGCUGUCAUCAUCAUCAUCAUCAUCAUCAUCAUCAUCAUCAUCAUCAUCAUCAUCAUCAUCAUCAUCAUCAUCAUCAUCGUCAUCAUCAUCAUCAUCAUCAUCAUCAUCAUCAUCAUCAUCAUCAUCAUCAUCAUCAUCAUCAUCAUCAUCAUCAUCAUCAUCAUCAUCAUCAUCAUCAUCAUCAUCAUCAUCAUCAUCAUCAUCAUCAUCAUCAUCAUCAUCAUCAUCAUCAUCAUCAUCAUCAUCAUCAUCAUCAUCAUCAUCAUCAUCAUCAUCAUCAUCAUCAUCAUCAUCAUCAUCAUCAUCAUCAUCAUCAUCAUCAUCAUCAUCAUCAUCAUCAUCAUCAUCAUCAUCAUCAUCAUCAUCAUCAUCAUCAUCAUCAUCAUCAUCAUCAUCAUCAUCAUCAUCAUCAAACCUAGAAGCGCUAAAAGACUGUUUCUUACCGGAGCAAGUUAACGAAUUAUUAAGCUUUGAAUAUUUCAUUGUGAAACAAUGUUAUUUGUUGAAUGAUUGGAAUUCGAGAUUAACUGGAUAA